ACCUUCGAUUCCAAAGACAGCCUUAUCCCUUGCGGUAGAUCGUUACCACCGGAUCCCAAAUGUUGCGGCUUCCCCAAGACCUAUCCUUCUCUAAAACCCUAAACCCUUCAUUCUCUCUUUUCCCCAAAUCGCAAUGCAUAAAUUCCCGCAAAAUUCCACAAAUUUCCCGUUUAAACAUUCGGGCCAUGGCCGGUCGGAGCAAGAAACCACCGCGACUAGAUGGAUCUUACCGCCCGCGUAAGCGCAGACCAAAAUUCAGAACCGUUAACUUAGCAGAAUAUCCCUUUUUUCGUCGAAAAGACCCCAACAGAUCCCAUCCCGAUAACUUCACUGAAGAGGAGAUUGAAGCGGUCGGGCUUGGCUACGACCGUAUGGUGCGUUUCAUGGAGAAAGACGACCCAAAUCUCCGUCACCCUUAUGAUUGGUACAAGUACGGCGAAUAUGGGCCUUACUCGUGGCGCGGAGUUGUCGUUGGGGAGCCAAUUCGUGGUCGUUUUUGUGAUGAACGCGUGACGAUUUACGGGGAAGUGAAAAACCAUGAAGAGUGGGACAGGAUUGAACAACAUGAAAUGGCAAUUGAUUUUGGGAAAAGAAUGAAGACGAUGGACAAGAGUGUUGGGUUUAGGUACUUUUGGGUGUUUGUGAGACAUCCUAAAUGGAGAGUCAAUGAAAAGCCGUGGCAACAGUGGACUUUGGUUUCCGAAGUUGUGCUUGAAGCUGGGAAACAGAGGUUGGAUAAGUGGAGUUUGAUGGGUAGAUUGGAGAGUAAAUCCAGGUCUUUAAUUGCUGAUUGUGCGGCUUGGAUGAGACCUGAUAUAAUUUAUGUUAAGAGGCCGGUUUUUCAAUGUAGGUUUGAGCCUCAAGAUGGGUUUUUUAGGGCUCUAGUGCCGUUUCUUGAUCCAAAAACGGAGGGUAAAUUUUUGUUUGAGUUGAGGAAUGAGGAUGGGAGUGCCGAGAUGUGUACUUAUUUUGGUGGGUUGUGUAAAAUUGUGAAGGUGAGUCCAAAGGCUUUUGUGGAUGAUGUGGUGAAGGGGUAUGAGAAGUUGAGUGAUGAGGGAAAGUCUAGGUGUUUGGAGUUUUUAUUGGAGAAUCAUCCAGUGCAUUUGUUGCAUCCAUAUACAAAAGAGUGGAAGGCCAAAUUGGAGGAGGAAGAGCUGGGUUGUGAUGCUCCGGAUGAUGAUGAGGAUGGUGGUCGUGGUAAAAAUGCUGGUGUGACUGAGAUUGUGGAUUGGAUUGAGGAUGAUGGUGACAAUGAUGGCAACGAUGAUGGUGAUGAUCAGGAUGAUGUAGUUGUGGACAUGGAAAUUGGAGAUGAUGAACUGGGAAUUCAAGAAGAGGAAUCCGAUCCGGAGGAGAGCGAGGAGUAUUGGGAAGAAAAGUUUAAAAAGGCAGUGAAUAAUUCUGAAAGAAUGGAGUUGCUUGCAAGACGAAGUGUGGAGAUGACUUCGAAAAUGUAUAAGAAGCAGAUGGAGUCUAUGGAAGCAAUGGAGAAGGAAAAAAUUGAAGAUGGAGAUGAAAUACUGAUGGAGUCUGUGGAAGCAAUGGAGAAGAAAAAUAUUGAAGAUGGAGAUGAAACCGCAAUGUGGGGAAAGAGAGCCAAAGUGAGUCCUGAAGAAUGGAAGAAUGCCGGUUAUGGCCCAAAUGGGAGAAGGAUUAAGAAAAAUAAAAUUCCUCCGGAAUUGUUUUUGCGAGCAGCAGUUAGGCUAUUUACUUACAGACACCUUGUGAAGGAAAUUGUUUUGACAAGGCAUGCAAUUUUGGAUGGUGAGAUUGGUAUAAAAGAAGACUAACAUGAAGGAUCUUUGCCAUGUUGAACCAACCUUGUCCCCCUUGAUGCCACCUUGAACGUGUAUCUGGGUGUUCAUUAGGCAGUAUAAUGGGCUUAUCUACUUUGUAGAAUGCAGAUUUAUUGGCAUUGUUAUGUGUAUCACCUCGAGUGAAAUACUGGAUUCCGUUCUGCUUCAUAA